AAGCAAAAGUCACAGCCGCAGGAGUGCUAUAAAUACACGUUUGAAUCUAGCUCCAGCAAAUCAACCCGCAGUGUCCGCCACAAGGCCACAACCUCAUCCCCACGCCCCUACUGGCGCAACAUCCACGUGCAGAGAGAGAGAGAAUGGCGUCGAUGCCACCCUCUCUUGGGGCCGUGAAGAGACCUUCUUCCCCUGACGGCAAAGAUCAUUCAGUGUCCAAAAGAUCUUUGCAUUCGGAAAAACAUGGCAGGAGGUUUGCCUUCAAGUCAAAUUCAAAAUACUUGCGCUAUCUGCCAGCGGGUGGCCAAAUCCAGAAGGAAAGCAAUCUCGCCAUGACUGGAGAGGAUGCUAAGAACCCUUAUUCAAGGUUUUGUUCGGAGCCAUCAAGAAAGCAUGGAAACAAAGGGCUCGUACAUAUCAGAUGCUGCUACAACAACAAGUAUUGGGUAGCCGGCGACGGGGGUCCCCCUAUUACUAUUUUCUGUAGUGCAAAUGAGCCGCAGGACGACCCAUCCAAACCUUAUUGCACGCUGUUUAGGCCACUUUACCACUCCGGCUCUACUGAAGAACUCGUCAGCAGCUUCCACUACAUGGACGGCAUAGCUGCUGUUUGCCUCGGAAAGAAUGAUCUUGAUGGCCGCCUGAUUAUUAAUUAUGAAUCAGUAGAUCCUGCCCAGUUUACGGCUAUUGAUCUGGAGACACAUGGAAUGGUAUUGCCUGAACAUGUUUGCUUCAGGGGUGACAAUGGCAUGUACCUCCGUGCGGUGGAUGCAAUGGGGCGACUGCAGUUUUCAUCAAAUGAUAUUGCCGAUCCAAGAGCAAAGCAGACCAUUGUUGCCGAUCAAGAUGGCACCAUCUGCAUAAAGAACAACUAUCUUGACAAGUUUUGGAGGUUUAAUGAACCUAGUGAUGGAGAUUAUGGCAUCUAUGCCGAUGCUAAGGACAAACGCAUGUAUGACACCAUUUUCCACUUGGUCAAGUUGGAUAAUAAUGAAAUUGCCUUGCAGGUUAAGGAUAGGAUGAGAAACAAAAUAUACUGCCAGAGGGUUACCUAUAACGACAAAACUCGGGAUUUACUUUGCACGUCAACAAAAUCUAUCAUGAAGGAGGCAAGGCUGCAGAUGCACGAAGCUAUUCUUUCUCGAAGAAUUUACAACGUCGAGUACCACACCCUGGACGCGAGAGUUUAUGGUCAGAAGACCCUGACCCUGACCUCUGCACAAGCUAUUAACCGCAGCAGCAAGGAAAACAAGGCUAAGCUAACCCUGACAUAUAGUUCGACCAAGCAAGCGACAUGGGAGUCAAGUGUUUCAGCCACGGCAGGUGUCGCAGUCACCAUGAAGGUCGAAGUUCCAGAAAUCGUUGAGGCAUUGGGUGCUAAAAUUGGUUUCGAGAUUCAAUCCCAUUAUGAGUUGAGCGCAUCAUACAAUUGGGGGGAAACGAAGGUUGACACAACUGAACAGUCAAUCGAGUAUGAAAUCACUGUUCUUCCAAGGACCAAGGUUAGAUUAAGCUUGGUCGCAACACAGGGUGUCUGCGAGAUUCCCUUCUCUUAUAUGCAGGAGGAUAUUUUAAUCAAUGGAGGCAAAGUUACGUCUAGGUUGGAAGAUGGACUCUUUCGUGGAGUCAACAGUUAUAAUUUCCAAUACGAGGUUCAAGAAUGGCCUAUUACUAAUGACGACCCAAAAAUAAUAAUGUAAAGGCCUUGGUCUAGAUCAUGCAUGUCACCACAAGCUAGCUGUUACAAGUUGUGGGAAAAAAAAAGCCGUCACAAGAUCGACUUCGAUCCUGUGACAUAUAUGUACUUACAAAACAAUCACUAUUCCGAGUUACUACAUUUUUUUCUGUUGUACUUGUAGCCAUUACUCUGCUUCUCAAGCAACAUGAAGUUUGUAUCA